UGCAUUGCAACUUCCGUGAGUCACACUAAUGUUCCGUUUGACCAAAACUGGAAAAGAAUGGUGGAUUUUUCAGUUGGGGUGGGGUACCUCGUCAAAAGACGAAAAUAUUAAUGUUAAAAACUCCAGACAACGAUUGCAGUAUGCACUGUUGUAUCUUCUUAACUUGUAAAUAAGAUUCCGGUGGUAAAUAACAAUCUCCGUUGUAGACAUUGUUUUAUGGCGGGUCUGUCUUAUUUAGUGUUCCGUUUUUCGGGGUCCGCUGGUCGGACUUAUGGGGUGUUUUCUAAAGGAUUGACGAGGACUUUGUUGAUAUUUUUUGAUCUCGCGUGGCGACUGCGAAUCAGAUUCCCAUACCUCUACCUCAUCGCUUCGAUGAUGUUCAAUGUGCGAUUACAGGUCCAUAUUGAGAUUCACUGAGUGUGUUACAACUGCCACAAUUGAGGACCCAACACCCCUGACUGCUCAUUAGUGGGCAUCUUCAGUCAGAACUUCCCAAAGAGACCCUGCAGACCUCACACAAUCAACAAUGUGGAAGAGGGCACUAGUAUCAGGGGCCAGUGUGACAAUGUGCAAUGUUACACGACCGUUGUCUCAGCCACCCCUUGUCAUAGGAACCCAGUGCCUUUGCAUGGGAAGGACACCAUGAUGAUGUCAUUAACAUUGGCCACCGGGGUGUGCAGAGAUCUGUGAGGUUGUACUGGGAUAUAUCCCUCACAGCCACUCGCCACCAGAGAUUGUUGAGCUACCCAUCUGGUCAGAGGAGACAUAGGAAAGGAUGACCAGUGGAAUUCGACACUGCCUUUUUGUCGCAGACCACAAGGAGGACUGAGAAACAAAAAUUACAAUGACAACAACGGAAUGAAUGUUUUUGGAACCUUUCUUAUUUCUUCUUCCUCUUAGAGUUCUGUUUGAUGUGUUCAUCAGUGCUCAUCUGUAGUUGUCUCCGAAGGAAAACUGGAAACUUGUCAUAGUUCCCCUCAUAAUGAAACACAAGUAUCCACUAGCUUGCAUCUCCACCGCAUGACAUAAACCAGUGCAUGUUUUCUAUUUUCAGUGGUUUGGGCAUUUUUUUUGAGCGGUUUUGGAAAAGUUUGUUUGCCAAUGGAACGAUGGUGCAGUGAGUUGGAAAGUGGAAGAGGAUACAUUUCAGUGUAGGUCAGCAGGCCUAUUGUUACAACCUUUCAGUGUAGCUCAGCAGGCCUAUUGUUACAACCUUUCAGUGUAGCUCAGCAGGCCUACUGUUACAACCUUUCAGUGUAGCUCAGCAGGCCUACUGUUACAACCUUUCAGUGUAGCUCAGCAGGGCUACUGUUACAACCUUUCAGUGUAGCUCAGCAGGGCUAUUGUUACAACCUUUCAAUGUAGCUCAGCAGGGCUACUGUUACAACCUUUCAGUGUAGCUCAGCAGGGCUACUGUUACAACCUUUCAGUGUAGCUCAGCAGGGCUAUUGUUACAACCUUUCAAUGUAGCUCAGCAGGGCUACUGUUACAACCUUUCAGUGUAGCUCAGCAGGGCUACUGUUACAACCUUUCAGUGUAGCUCAGCAGGGCUACUGUUACAACCUUUCAGUGUGGGUACGGUCACCUUUCAGUUAUAGAAAUGGCAAGGUGCUUGUUGUGUAAUGUGCAUCCUUAGUGUCACUUCUUCUCACUGAUUUGGAAUGGAAUGUUGCAGUGUAGGUGUCAGACAAACAGGAAGGAUCCAGGAAAGGAAUGACUGCAUGACACACAAACACACACUUGUCAACCACUUCUCUAUUGGUCAAUGGAGCUAACGAGGUGGCAUUUUAGAUUUUAAAUAAAUGGUUUAUGAUUUUGAGGUAUGCAUUCAUCCUUAUUUCUCAGUAAAGUGUUUGUGGGUUUUGUCAAUUCUCGAGUCACUGUAUUAAAAGGGCAAGGAAUUUAAUAUGGUUGUACCUCCUUGGAAACAAUAAAUUAUUAAACAAUCAA